AUGGCUUCUCAGGCGCCUUGUCUUGAUCUGCACUGCCCACCGCUGAACGUGAACGGUAAGGAUUUUGUGCUGACCUUUGUGCCGAUAUUCGGGGACCAGUGGAAAGAUAUCAUCACCUGUGCGGCGAGCUGCAGUUCCGGCUGCUCGAGAUCGGUAUUAGCGUCGACAGGUGGCUCCACGGCUCUGUCAAAGGACGUCGGGGUGGCUCGUGGGUCGUGCGGAGGCAGGGUCGGUGGUGCCGGCGAAAAGGGCGAAGGCGAGUCCCUUAUCCGCCCGCACGCUCCUCAAAAAUAG